UAGAGGUCACCAUUGAAAUAAAAAGUGGGAGUAAAUACGUACUACAAUAUAUAUCUACUAUCGUGGAUUACUACUCGACUGGUGGCAAUCUAGGAAUAACGACAUACACGGCGUAAUGCUCGAUGAAUUGUUUUCGCGUCCUCGUACGAGCACGAUUUUCGAGACAAUCGUGCGAGGUUACAGUUACGCUCGACGAUGAUUCAACUAGCCGGUUUGUUGUAUUGUUCGCGACGCGCCAUCCCGCUUGAAAUUCAGUAAUUAUUUUACGAAUGUUUUCAUCCUUUGCAACAUAAAUUAAAUACACACGGGGAUAAGCGAAAUAACAUCGGCGGCAUAUAAUAAUGGCAGCCCAUAAGACAGGAGGACAGAGUACACGUAAGAAGAUACAGGUAUCCAUGGUCAUAAGAGACGAAGUAGAGAGAAGACACAGAGCUGGAGUUAAUUCCUUACAAUAUGAUCCAAUUUUACAUAGACUUUAUUCUGCGGGCAGAGAUAGUAUUAUAAGAAUAUGGAAUUGCAAGAAUAUGAACGAACCUUAUAUACAGUCAAUGGAACAUCAUACAGAUUGGGUCAACGAUAUUGUCUUAUGUUGUAGCGGAAAGACUAUUAUAUCUGCUAGCUCUGAUACCACGGUCAAGAUUUGGAACGCGCAUAAAGGAUUUUGCAUGUCAACAUUAAGAACUCAUAGGGACUAUGUAAAAGCAUUGGCAUAUGCUAAAGACAGAGAACUAGUAGCUAGUGCAGGCUUAGACAAAACAAUCUACCUCUGGGAUGUAAAUACCCUCACAGCUCUCACUGCGAGUAAUAAUACAGUGACGACAUCAACUUUGUAUGGCAGCAAGGAUUCGAUAUAUAGCCUUGCUAUGAAUGUUACCGGAACAGCUAUAGUUAGUGGAAGUACGGAAAAAGUUCUUAAAGUAUGGGAUCCAAGAUGUUGUACAAAAUUAAUGAAACUGCGUGGCCAUACGGACAAUAUUAAAGCUUUAGUGCUAAAUAGAGAUGGUACCAAAUGCUUAUCUGCAAGUUCAGAUGGUACGAUUAAAUUAUGGUCACUCGGUGAACAAAGAUGUCUGCAAACUUACAGAGUACAUAACGAAGGUGUUUGGGCGUUAUUGGCUACAGAUACUUUUAGUCAUGUAAUAUCAGGUGGUAGAGAUAAGAGAGUUGUAAUGACUGAGUUAAGCCAUCCAGAGAAAUCUUUUGUUAUAUGUGAAGAAAAAGAACCUAUUCUCAAAAUGGCUAUGACCCCUGAUCAAUCUAGUAUUUGGGUUGCAACUAGUGAAUCUACAAUUAAUAAUUGGUCUAUAAGCCAAAGAGAUUGGCAAGAUAUUGGAGAUUAUUGUGACUCUGCCGGAGGAAUGGCAGGAAAUGUUGGUGUACCAUUAAAUACAGAACCGAGCCAGAGGAUAUCAGGAGCCCCUGCAAUACGACACUGCCAUAUCCUAAAUGAUAGGAGAUAUGUUCUAACAAAAGAUACAGAUGAAAACGUAGCGUUAUAUGAUGUGUUAAAAGCAUGUAAAGUGGAAGAUUUAGGUCGUGUAGAUUUUGAACAGGAAAUUAAAAAGAGAAAUAAGAUGGUUUAUGUUCCAAAUUGGUUUAAUGUCGAUCUCAAGACUGGGAUGUUGAGCAUCCAUUUAGGACAAGAUGAAAAUGAUUGUUUUUCUGCAUGGGUUUCUGCUAAAGAAGCCGGUCUUACAGAUAAUAAGAGUCAAGAUCAAAAAGUAAAUUACGGAAGCCUACUUUUACAAGCACUUCUUGAACACUGGUGGCGACCAAUGAACGCUGACGAUGAUAAUAAGGGAAAUGGUAAUGAUGGAAAUGGAUCAACACAUGAUAGUGGUAGAAAUUUGUAUUUCUCUGUACCUGGUCAUACACCUGUUAUUUUCAGCGAAGUUGGCGGUAGAACAAUGUGUAGGUUACUAGUACGAGAUGCCGCAGGUGAAACAGAAAGAGUAUUAUUAAAUGACACGGUACCGUUAUGGGUAUCCAAUAUCGUAGCAAAUAAAAAUCUUCCACAAUUCAUCAAAAUACCAUUUUAUUUAACUCCGCACGCAAGUUCCGGAGUGAAAAGUCUGAAAAAGGAUCGUUUAAUUGCAAAUGAUUUUAUACAAAUUCGAAAAGUGGCAGAACAUAUUUUUGAUAAAGCACUUUGUGCAGGCAGUGAUUCUGGUUUAGUAACUGGCGGCGGUAAUUCCGUAUCUGGUGGUUCUCCAGCAGGAGAUAGAGCUAAUACUGAUUCUAAUGCUGAUUCAUCUUCAUUAGCUGAAGAAAAAGUCGAAAUUUUAUGUAAUGAUCAAGUUCUAGAUCCGUCUAUGGACUUGAGGACCGUAAGGCACUUUAUUUGGAAAAGUUCAGCAGAUUUAACACUUCAUUAUCGUCCUGUCAAAUAGUUAAUGCUGAAUACAUCAAAUUAUGGAUCCCUGAAGUGUGCCUGGUUUUGUACUGUUGUUAAAAUAAUGGAAAAUACAUGGGCUACUUGUAGAGUGCAAAAUCACAUACCAACUUCACUUUAUGAAAUAUUUAGCCUGUUUUCAAUGGAUGCUUCGUAAAGCGAUGAAAACAGAGGUACCUAUGGAGUACAUAAGAUUGAACAAGUUUAUAAGGCAAUAACACACGUCGAAGUAUUAACAGAAAUUAUUAAUUUUGUUUUUUUUUCCUAUUUUUUCUUUUUUUUAAAUAUAUAAAAAUAAUGGUCUAUAUCCUGUGGCUGAACUUAUCCUUAUGAACCAGGAGAUGUAAAAUUUAUUUUGCGAAUCAUGUGCUUUCUGGAAUUAGUAUGCUUUUUGUACCUGGAUAUAUUUAGAGUAUUAAAAAAAAAACUUAUCAGAGUCAGCCAGUUAGUGUCUUCCCAUUUGAAGUGUAUCACUAUACAGGGUGAGUCUCUUAACAUGACGACUUACUCAUAAGUUAUUCGUUUUACGGAAAAAUGUUUUAAACAAAGGUUGUAUAGUAUCUAGGGGGACAUACAAUGCUCUAAUUUAUUUUUGAUUAUCUUACUUUGUUAUUGAGAUAUUAGGGUCACCUUCAGUUUUUUAAAUAGGAUAUCUAAUAUUUCUUUUCAAGUUCGGAUAAAUAAUCAAAUUUUGCGUAAAAAAGUAUAUAAAGUGAGACUUAAUGUAAAUAAUUACUGAGAUACUUUUAAAUUAAUAAUCUUCUAUUAGGAAAAAUGCAUUUAGUCAACGUGAUUCUUAACACGACUUUGGUUACGACGGCAAGUCAUAUUUAUAAACAUGUUCCCCAUUAAAUGUUAGAAAUCAUCAAUAUGAAAUAUUGAAAAACCCAUACUACAUUUACGAAGUUGACCAUCAACACUGAUGAAAUGUGAAUGUUUGGUGCGACAUAAUUGGUCACCAGAUCAUUGGACCGUAUUUCAUGGAAAGACCACUAACAGAUCAAACAUACUCUAUAUUCUUGUCUGAAAUACUGAUAGGCCUAUUAAAAGAUGUACCAUGUUUAAUACAUCAAAUAAUAUAGUAUCAUGUUGAUACCACAUAGUACAACUAUCUAGUACAUUAUGCUCUGCAAUCACGGUAAGUAUUAGUAGAAUAUUUUCUAAUCAUUGGAUCGGACGUGCAAAUAACAUUGGUUGGCCAAGCUCGCUCACAAAAUUAACGUCGCUCGAUUAUUCGAUUAUUAUUUACUUUGAGGAACAUUAAAGAAUGAAGUUUAUCGCGAAUCACCAACGACAGCCGAAAAUAUGCGAGAACGUAUUAUUAGUGCAUGAUUAUAAUAAUUACAGAAAUAUUAGAAAAAGUUCUUCACUCAUUGAUAAUUCGAUUACGUUAAUGCAUCGAUUGUAAUAGACAGUAUUUCGAAUACCACUUGAAAUAAAACUUAUUUUAUAAAUAUCUCAGUAAUUAUUCAUUUUAUGUCCCACUUUGUAUAAUACUUUUUUACGCAAAAUUUGAUUAUUUAUUCAAAUUUAACAAAACAAUAUUAGACAUUCUAUUUAAAAAACUGAAGGUGAUCUUAAUAUCUCAAUAAAAAAGUAAGAUAAUAGAAAACAGAUUAGAGCAUUAUAUGUCUCCCUAGAUACUAUGUAAUUUUUAUUUGUAACAUUUUUUGUACCACGAAUAACGAGUUAUUUGAAGUAAUCAUGUUACGAGACUCAUCCUGUAUAAAAACAAAUAGCAAAAGCACAAUGGAGAUCGAGUGCAUGGCCCAGGAAAUCACUGCUUACUAUUGUUUCCUGGUAAUGAUUUUAAUAUUUAAAAAAGAAUAACUUUAGUAACACACUUUUUAGCAUAUAAAUUUAAUAUAUAAUCAUUAAUAAAUAUAAGAGAACAGUAAUAUUUUAUUUGAAAAACCUUUAGUAAAAUUUUUAGGUAUUUAUUAAAGGUAUAUACAGUGGGUACAAAAAAGUAUUUGUACAGCUAGUUUUUGUGGUAAUACGUAAACAAAUGGUACAUCGACAAGAAUUAUUUUCAUUAAUAGUUAAUCAUUUACAAAUGUUAAUUAAAAAUGAUUUACGAGUGCUUUUGAAAAAAUGAACGAAAAUAUCAAAAAAAGUGACCCAGAAACUGGUCGAAUCCAUGCUAAAAAGGUUACAAGUAAUUUUUUAUGCUAAAAGAAUACAUAUAAAAUAUAUAUGUAGAACUUACAUAUAAAAUAUUAAUGUAGAACUUACAAAAAUUAUAAAUUAUUUAUUAUUUAUUAUAAUUGCAAGUAUAUAUGAAUAUUUUGUUACCCGCUGUAUGUAUAUAAAUAUACACCUAAUUUUGUUUUUACACGAUAGAUACGUUCCCGAAGAAUACGUGUAAAAAGAAUUCGUAUAAAAAAAUAUAUUGCAUCUAUGGAAAAAUAGAAGAUUGAUUCCAGUUCUAAGAAAUCAGCAAAAAUAAUACAAUAAACCAUGAGUUUUCAUGUUAAGAUCUUAAACAUUUUAUUUCAUAAAGAUUGCACAUGUAUCAUACAAAGUAAAUUAUCAUUUGAAAAGAAAAAAAACAUGUCACUAAUUCAUGAACACAAAAAUUAGACAAGAUAAUAUGAGUUACGCAUAAAAAGAUUUUAUUCAUUGUCAAAUUCCAAUCCGCGUUUUUUCGCAAACUGCUGAAUAUAUACGCCAUGUUUAAAGGCUCAAUAAAUAUUCUCAUGGACUACUACAAGUGUACAAAAUUUGAAAAUAAUCUGAGAUGUGCUUCACUGACCGACUCCUUCUAACAUGAGACAUUUUGAUUACAUUUGGCCCGGCCGACUUACGUCUCUGAGGCGAUAUUGUAGGCUAAGGGGUUAAUAAAACAAAGGUUUUAAAACUAUAACUUAUCAUUUAUUGACUUUUACGCAAAAUUAAUUCCUCGUUUCCAAUGUCGUAGUUAUAAAAAUAAAGGUAAAGCAAAAUUUACUUCUUAGAAUUUGGGUCGAUCGUGUUAAAUCAAAAGAAGUUCGUGUAAAAACAGGAGAAUUGGGUGUAUAAAGAAAAACAUUAAAACGAAAACAAAACCAAAAAAAAACUACAAAUAACAAGAGCAUGACAAUUGUACUCCACACCUGCCUUCAUAUCUUACAGAAUGAAUUAACAUAGAAAGAGAAAAGGAAAUGUCAAUUUACCUUUAAUCAAAUUAUAUUUGAACAGCCAAAUUAUACCAGUUCAAUAUUUCCUAUCUGUAAUAUAGGAAAUGAACUAACUUAUCUGUCUUCAAGAUUGCAAGAUCAAAUUCUGUUUUAUGUAUGGGACUUCCAGUUUUAAUUAAACUCCUAAUUGUAAUAAUAAUAAUAAUAAUAAUAAUAAUAAUAAUAGUAAUAAUAAUAAUAAUAAUUUGGUUCACCUAAAAUGUAUACCUAAUCUUAACUAUAUGACAUACAUGUUUGUUGAUUAAGGGACAUAAGUGUUGCAACAGAAUUUGAUCUUGUGGGGACUUUACUGUAAUCAUUAAUAAACAAAAACAACAACAAAAAUAUAUAUAUAUAUAUAUUAAGAUACUAUAAUAAUUAUAAAAGUAACUUCUCUUCACGAAAAAAAAAAUUGUGCACGCAUAAGAAAGAGUAAUGUGCUAUUAUAAUCAAAUCGAUUUGUUACCAUACGAAUAAAAGCCAAGUGUAUGUACAUACAAUUUGGCAACACAGAAUUUUUACUAUGAUAGAGUAUUCAUUUUGGUUGCGCUGCUAUUGAAAUGAUCAAUCACAUUUGGAUAAUAAAAAUAAAUCAACAAAUUAAAUAGCGGAAUAAUUUUUUUCGUGUAGAGUCGAGAAAGAAUAUUAGAGAAAUAACUAUCGAAAAAGAAGUAUAUUAUGUACAUUCCUAGUUAUAUUUAACUUGUUUUUAUCUUUAUAUGUCAGCAAUGUGUAUACAAGUGCAUUUCUUGUAUAGACCUAUAUCUUCAAUUUUAUUGACACGUUAUUCUUUCUAAUUAAAAAAUUGUUCAUAUUAUUCACAUUAUUAUUACAUCAUACGCAGGCAAAUUCAGAUGUACCUAAAGAAAAAAAUAGCAGAUAAGUAGUAGAAGGAUAAUAUUAUAUUUCCAGUGAUGAACUAACUUUUACAUUGCUUCUCUUUGAAACAACAUAUCUUUGGUGGAUUUGCAAUAUGUAUGUUAUAUAUUUAUUUAGAUCAUGUAUCAAUUUUGCAUUUAUUAGUAUACAGGAUGUCCUAUAUCUGGUGAUACGAGUGAAUAGAGGGUGAUUCUAUAUUUUCUAUUUAGUUUUUAUUGUAGAAUCAUCCCCUCUUCGCUUGUACCACUAGUUACAAGACAUUCUAUAUACAUUCAUUAUUUCUGAAUGUAUUACUUGGAAGCUUGAUUUUAGGAUGUAUUAAUGUACAUGACAUUAUUAGUAAGAUUAUUUAAUUCAUUCAUUCAUUUUGCAUAUAAGAGGUCAAAUAAAAAUUAAUAAUUU